UCAGGGUUGCAAGUUGCCAUAAAACCAAAGAAGAAGAAGGCUGACAGACACUGCUAGAGAUGGCGGUUUCAAGGUUCCCGCAGGCAGCCCUUUCUUUAAAACAGUUUUUACAGAGACAGAGGGUUUUGGGGAUUUACAGAAACAUUCUGAGGACCAUACGACAGGUACCAGAUGAGGGAGACAGGAAGUACCUCAGAGACUGGGCAAGAGACGAGUUCAAGAGGAAUAAGAACGCCACAGAUCAGGAUGCCAUCCGUAUGAUGGUCACACAAGCUAACAACCAUCUGGAGGAGCUGCAGAAGUCUCUGGCGUUGGCCAGGAGUUAAAUACUGUGAGACUGUAGACUGAUCUGGACUGACUGUUGGUGGAGACCUCUGAUCAGGGUCGUGUCAUUUUAAGUGAACAAUGCAGAAUGUAUUGCGACCCGUCUUUGGUUGGACACCUUUUGAAGAAUGGAUUUAUGGAACUGACCUGAAGUCAUCAUCCUGCAAACCUCCUGUGCUGCUGCUCACAAUACAGUGGGUAGGAUUUUUGUUCCAUGAUGAUGGAAACCUGGCAACUUGUGAGGCUAACUGAGCCCGUCUGCAAGACUUUUGUUUGUGCUGUAUUUUAUACAUAUUAAACAUGAACUAAUGAAACUUAA